UCCUCCCCCUUAGCUCCUCCCCAUAGCUCGGGUCUCGUCGCUGUGCUUUCCCGCUCCAGCAGCAACUGCCACAGCCGUCUGUGUCGCUGUCGUUGUCGCGAUCGCCUUCACCGCGCGCUCCUCGGAACCCACGAACCACCAUGCCCAACAUCGUGCUCUUCAGCGGGAGCUCGCACCAGGACCUGUCCCAGCGCGUCGCCGACCGCCUGGGCCUGGAGUUGGGCAAGGUGGUCACCAAGAAGUUCAGCAACCAGGAGACCAGCGUUGAGAUCGGUGAAAGUGUAAGAGGGGAAGAUGUCUACAUCAUCCAGAGUGGCUGUGGAGAAAUUAACGACAACCUCAUGGAACUGCUUAUCAUGAUCAACGCGUGCAAGAUUGCCUCAUCUUCCCGGGUGACCGCCGUGAUCCCAUGUUUCCCAUAUGCCCGGCAAGACAAAAAGGACAAGAGCCGUGCUCCAAUUUCUGCAAAGCUUGUGGCCAACAUGCUCUCGGUUGCUGGAGCUGAUCAUAUCAUCACCAUGGACUUACAUGCCUCUCAGAUACAGGGAUUCUUUGAUAUUCCUGUGGAUAAUUUAUAUGCGGAACCAGCAGUCCUGCAGUGGAUUCGGGAGAAUAUAUCCGAGUGGAGGAACUGUAUCAUUGUUUCCCCCGAUGCAGGGGGAGCCAAAAGGGUCACUUCUAUUGCUGACAGGCUGAAUGUGGAAUUUGCUCUGAUCCACAAAGAGAGGAAGAAAGCAAAUGAAGUGGACCGGAUGGUUCUGGUGGGUGACGUGAAGGACCGCGUGGCCAUUCUGGUGGAUGACAUGGCUGAUACGUGUGGCACCAUCUGCCAUGCUGCAGAUAAGCUACUCUCAGCCGGAGCCACCAAAGUUUAUGCGAUUCUUACCCAUGGGAUUUUCUCUGGGCCAGCCAUUUCCAGAAUUAAUAAUGCUGCCUUUGAAGCUGUUGUUGUCACCAACACAAUCCCACAAGAAGACAAGAUGAAACACUGCUCCAAGAUUCAGGUGAUUGACAUUUCGAUGAUUCUGGCCGAGGCCAUCCGAAGGACACACAAUGGGGAGUCUGUGUCUUACCUGUUCAGUCAUGUCCCACUGUAAAUGCAGAAUUUGAAAUGUGAGCAGGUCUAUUUGGACUACUCACUCAUCUGUUUGCUUUUUUUUUUUUAGCAUUAGGACUCUGUAAUGAUAGCAUAUCACUGGCAGAAAGCAUCAGAUCUUUGUAUACUCUUAGAGUCAUUGUUUCCCCUUUGAAAGCUCAAGACUGGUUCUUUCUCAUUUUUGGGGGGGUAAAGGUAUUGGUUAUUUUGAUCUUCAAGUGAAUUGUCUUAAAUGAGAAGUGUAUUUUAUUACUUUGACUUGCUUAGAUAAGUGAUUUUCUCCUUUGUUCUUUUAGUACUUUGAGGCAACAACUCCCAAGUCUAAAAUUCCGUUAUGGAAAUUCCUAGUUUAUAUAUUUUGAGGUUGCCAGUUGUAACUUCAAAUUAAAGCCUCUUGUGUAAAUAUAUAAUGAUAAGAAUGCCUGGGGAAAUUUGGGUGAAACCCUGUAAAUCCCUUUAGUUGAGAGUGAACUUUAGACAAGGAAUAAUAUUAUAGAUUUUAAUUUUUUUCUUUUUUAAAAAAGUAGCAAUUGAGUUUCAAAUAAGGAAUUAUGAAUAUUGUACUUAAUUUGGACCAAAUUUUAUUUAGUGUACAAUGAACGCUAACCUAUUUUCUAGCAGAGAGUAGAUAUAUCAAAGACAUUGGAGCUCUGCAUCAUUUUUAUUUCCAUUUUUAAGAUGAGUCAUGACUAUCACUUACUUGAAACAUCCUGCCCUAAAAAAAAUUGUUCCAUAAUUGCUGUGAUUUAGAAACCAUUUUGAGGUGGGGCACUGGUGGUUUAUGCCUGUCAUCCUAGCUACUCAGGAUGCUGACAUGUAAUUAUUAUGGUUUGAA